UUUCUGUUCUUUGAAAAUGUCGGUUGAAGUGUAGUGCACUGGGCACCUGCGUACGAGGAAAUAAAAAGAAAGCGGAGGACAAGAUGGAGCGAGAGGGUCGAACUGUGAUUGUGUGUGGGGUGCCAACUGACAUUGAUGAGAAACGAUUGACAGACAAGCUCUGCAUCCACUUCCUGAGGAAAAGGCAUGGAGGAGGGGAGAUCUCCUCCGUCACUCUGCCCAAGUCUAUGCAAGGCUGCGCUCUCAUCACCUUUGAAGACAGUGAAGUGUCUCAGAGAGUGAUCCAAUAUGGGAAGCACAUUUUAUGUGUGGAUGACAAGAAGUUUGAACUUACUGUGAGUUUGUUCUGCAAAGAAGUGGACCCAGAUGAGGUCUUCCUGUGCCUUGCUGUGACUGUAGACUAUAAUCGACUGCCCAUGGGAAAGCUGGCUUUGUCUAGCUUACAGCAGAGCUUCCCUGAUGUGCAGUUCAGCUUCAUGCCAGAGGAAGAAUCAUGUAAUAUAAAAGGCCGCUACUCUGAGGUUCAGGUCCUGAUCAGCCAUCUUUUAAACCUGAUUGAACCACAGGCCUCUGUAGCUACCCGUCCGCCAGAAGGCACAAAAGAUAGAGUGGAUGCCCUCUUGCCAAGAGAGAAGAAUGGUUCUACCAGUGGACCAGUUUACCAUUCCAAAAGCAAUGAGAGACAAAAGGACAGUGGGUAUGUGGGACAAGCUUUAAGACAGGAUCUGAAAAGUUCAGACUACUCUGAAAGGAGUCACCACUCUGACCAAGCUCUGGAGAACAACAGAGGAGUGGAGGAUGGUGCAGCCUCCCUGCUGCAAGAGGCUCCGCUUGAGGAAUAUAUCCUGGUCAUGGACUCAGACAUUUACCGAUACCUGCAGCAACACUGUGGAGAGGACUACCAGCAGAUCUUGAGCCAACACAAGGUAGAAGCAGUGGACCUCUGCACCCAGGAUAUCACCACUGUCUUCCUGCAGGCAAAAACAGGUUAUCCAGGUCAGGAGGUGAAGCGGCUGCAGCGGGUACACGAGGAUCUGGGAUGGCUAUACCAACAGACUGAGGCCCAGCUGCGGAAAGAGCAGCUACCUAAAGGAGGUAUCUCCACCGAGGAUCUCCAGCAGGCCUUUAAGGCCCUGCAGCAGAGACUGCCAAAAAUACUGCUGAGUAAUGACAAAAUGAACAUCUACAUUGUGGGAAGUGGCAGCGAUGUCUCUGAGGCUAAGCAGUUCUUCUUGGACUUGCAAGGUACAGAGGGUGGAUCAACGCUGGGAAGAGCUGGCUAUACCAGACCUUUAAUUUCCAAUGAGAGCAACUCCCUGUUUCUGCCUUCUUCAUCAGCUUCCACCCCUGUCUCCACAGGCUCAAUAAUUGAUUCUAGGGAAGCGGAUACAGUGCAUAAGCCCUAUAGAAAACCCAAAAUUGAAGCAGGCAAGGAGUACAAACUAGCUGCUAGGUUCAUGGAAACAGGGAGUAAGCCUACUGGGAAAAAUGAGAUGGGGUUUUUCAUGGGAGACACAACAGCACCAGGGGAUACACAGAAGGACUUAUUAUUUGCAACAUCUAAGAAGACGUCAGACAGUGGGUGCAGGCUGGGCACUGGGCCAAUGUUAGGGUCAGGAAGUCUUGACGUUAGGGAAUACAGUCUAAAGGAUAACCAAGGACAAAAUCAGACUGGGAAUGACUUGCUCUUUGGGAGGCCUGGCCCUCAACUCACCACCUCCAAGGAGGGCAAAUACUUGUCAAAUGUGGUGUCUACAAGUGCUCUGCUGCCCAGUAAACCCAUGCAGUUUAGUAACACACAGAGCACUGCGCAACAUAUGGAAUAUGGAAACAAAGUGGCCCAGACUGCUGAGAUCCCAUCGUCAGGGCUGACAAGUCAAUCCAAGCUGAGACGGACUAACAGCUUCUCUGGCAAGGUCAGGGCCACACAGGAUUUGAAGGAUAGCACCACUCGUGAGGGCAGUCAAGAGAAGACUAACAGAUCUAAAACCAGCAGCUCCAGAAACAGCAUUGCUGACACACUGGAAGUCUAUAGUGUAGAGGUAGUGGUUCCUCCAACUAUUUGGAUGUACAUGAAGGCCUGUUACAGGGCUGAGAUUGCGAACCUGACCACUGGCUUACAUGUGAAGGAAUGCAAAUCAGAAAGUAGCGUCACUGUCUACCUGAGGGGGGCAGACACCCCAACAGUAGGUCUCUGCCAGCGGGAGCUAAGGAAUCUGAUUUCCAAAGUCACAGCAGACUUUAGGACACAAGAGUUGUCAAUGGCAGAGCUGGGAGUGACCAACCCUAAGGAUGCAACGCUAGAGCUGAGAUGCAUGGAGUUGCGGAAUAAGUUUGAGAAAAUAAUGAUUCUCCCUUUGAGUGAGAAUAUCUUCAUCAUAGGGCCCUAUCAGCUGUGUGAGCAGGUUAUGACAAAACUGAUAGAAGUCUUCCACAAUGGCACACAGAGAAAGAAGGAGAUGGAGGAGAAUCUAGAUGGCUCCUCUCCCAACUCUCUCUUAUUUCAAAACAAACCACAAAUACCCCCAGAGACUGCCUCAGGAGGCCACAACCUCUUAAAAGAUGACAUAACCAAAACCACGGGCCUCAUGUCAGUAGAUAGCCCACAAUAUAGCAGAAACUCACAAAUGGACAGUGAGCUGGAGUUCAGCAACAGAAGCAAAGACUACCUUCAGGAGAAAGACUCCAGCCAGAAGGAAGUGAAACAAGACUUUGGAACAACAAUGGAAGGGGGGAACCAAUCAGCAGAACAGAAAGAUCCAGGGUUCAAACAUUUGAAGUGGAAUAUGAGCAGGGAAAACUUUCAAUUUGACACAUCACUGACCCAACCAACCGAAGCAGCCUGGAGAGUCCCUGUUCCAAAAGACAGCGGAUCAACAUCUUUGCCAAAUUUUGGUUAUACGAUUGAUACAAAGAGCAACCCAAAACUCCACAACAUUACCACACAAGAGAGACAUAUUUCCCCAGGCCCAGAUGGGUUAGAGAUCCCAGAGGGAAAAGAUCCCAAAGACCAGAGUGCCAGUUUGUCUGGGAAAAUGCCAGGCAAAAACAAGACCCAAGAAGAUAGCCUAUCAUGUCCAUGUGGGACCAGCAGGAGCUCCAUAUCAAGAAUGGCAUGUGGAAACACUUACUGCCCACAGUGUGUUUGUGACCAUGCCUCCUGUAAGGUCUGCCCCAAAGCUGAGAAUGUCAGGGGCAUCAAGGGCACCAUGAGUGUCGCUGAGCUGAACAUGAGCCUUUCUGGGCACCUCAAGGAUACGACUCUGAAGCUGACCUACAGCAUUCCUGAUGGCAUUCAAGGGGAAGACCACCCCAACCCUGGAGCUACAUUCAAAGGGGGUGUGUUUGAAGCUUUUCUGCCACUCAACAGGCAGACACGUAGGCUGCUGCCACUGCUAAAGAGGGCAUUCAAUGAGGGUCUGACCUUCACUAUCACAGAAGGCAACCAGGGGGAAAGGGUGAUCUGGGGCAUCCCACACAAGACUAAGAUGGAAGGAGGGAAGUCUGUGAAUGGUUACCCAGACUCAGCCUAUCUCAGCCGCUUGACUAAAGCACUGGAACUCCUGGGCAUUGAAGAAGAUAAAGAUCAUGCAAAAGUUCAAGACAAGAUCAAAAGUUAAACUCGGUUGCAGUCACCUUGCUCAAAUUGUACAGUACAGUUUUAUAUUGCAUGUAAUCAUAAAAUAAAUAGGAAUCCUUUUUUCUGUGACAGUAAAAAAGUCUAUAUUCUCUGCACUUACUAGUCAUUGCAAGUCAUUAGCUUGCUACUAUUUAUCCUAUACUACUAGUUCAAGGAACAGUUAUUUGUCAAAUUAAUUAAUGUAAAAAGCUUAAUAUGUAAUUACAAAAUGGUGAUUUGAAUGGUGGUUGCUCUCAUCAUCCCCGGAUCCCUCAUGAACUUGGAUGUCUUGUUGAAGCUACUCUUUCUAGUUUUGAUAAAUAAUGAAUAUCUCUUGAUUUUAUGUGGUGUCAGUUAUGGGGGGGCUAACUAAUCUCUUUCACACAAGUUUUUGUUUUAUUUUGGGAAAUUAUUUCAAAUAUUAUGACAGAACGUACAGGCACCUUUGAAUUGAUUAUUUUAGUGUGGGCAAAAAUCAGCUGCCUGCAUCAGAUUGUUUUGUUGAAUAAAUUAAAAUACUGUUUAAAGUGAA